UACCACGUAGGCGACGCCCCAUCUCCACGGUUCCCACUCUCCACUCACGCCACCGUACCGAGUAACUCCUGACUUCAACGCCAUUAUUGACAGCGAGUUUAUCGUCGUCCGCUUCUUCCGCGCAUCCAUUAGCUUUUAAUCCGUGUUAAUUUGGCUUUAAUUCUUCUCCUCCCAUCCUCUAUAAAAGGCGCAGCACCCCUCCUCCCCUUUCACCAUCCGACACCAUUAUCUCACUAUUCUUCUUCCUCCCCUCGUCGUUUCCUAUUAUUCUUGCGUCGCUCGCCGGAGUCCGUCUUCGUUCGUCAGUGACGUGAUGCUGCUCUGCUGUCGACAUCCCCUGCCCUAUGACAGAUUCCUGGUGCCCUGCCACUCAAUCUCAACGAUGCUCUGUUACUCUAUUGCCGUGCGCCGACGAUCACCAUCGUCAGACUGCUGCAUCAUCGUCAUAAAUCCGCCGGUGCCCGUCGCCAAGGCCUCACCGUCGCUGCUGCUUGCCGGAGACCUAUCCCUCGACGUCAACAACCGCGUUCGACUCCUCACCGACCGUCGAGUCCCUGUUGUGCCCUCGUGGAGACAUUGCACGUGCUCGUUCAGCUCAGCCGUCGUUCGUCGCUCACUCGCCGUCAUCGAGAUCUCGUCGGUGUCUUGCUACCCCGCGUCCCCAUCGGUCCUGUGCUCCGAUCUCCUCGUGUACCAUCCGAAGUGGUUGAUCUAGUAGUUAAGAAUCAAGAUCUGUUCCUA